UCUGCUAUCUAUCCGUGUUAUCCAGGUACCGGCAUGUGUACUCCGUUAUCGAUCGCACUAACGUCACCCACCUAUUCAUUGAUGCAACCUUAGGAGGUACCUAAAAGCCAAACCCAGGGCUGCUGGGUGCUGGGUGCUGGGUGCUGGGGCAAGUCAGACCAACCAGACCAACUUUACCAACCUUGAGCCUACCCACUUUCAAGACCCUCAACUUUCUUCCUCAGCUAACACACAUCGCAUUUAUUACACUCCCUCGCGACGUUAGGUACACUACAUAAUAAUCUCCCCUCAAACCACCAAGAGGUGUGUCAUCGCCAUCCAGAUAUUCAAUCUAUAUCACCAGGAGAAACUUGCGAGCUGGUCAUCCCAGCCGGGGUAACUCAGCCGCUAUAGGGGUUUGCUGUAUUCUAUUUUGAUAUCUCUUCGAUAAGAAUCCUUCUAGAUCAAGUCAUCUUUAAUCGUAUCCCAUCCCACCAAGAGUAUCCCACCAAAAGUUAUCAUCAUGGCUACAGCUCCUCCACCAACCGCACACGUCGAUGAGGACGUCCCUCAAAAUGAAGGGUCUAAAUUAAAGACCUUUAUCUCUAUCCUACGAAAAUUCAUAGGUGUUGCAGAUCUUGCUGCUGUGCGAUUCUCUCUUCCGUCCCAGCUCCUCGAGCCGACACCCAACCUGGAAUACUGGAACUACCUCGACAGUCCCAGUGCGUUUGCCGCGAUAGGUACAGCCGACGAACCGCUAGAUCGUAUGCUCGAAGUCCUACGUUUCUGGUUUACCAAGGAUUUAAAAUAUGUCAAGGGCAAACCAUGCAAACCGUAUAAUUCUUGCCUGGGCGAAUUCUUCCGAUGUAACUGGGAAGCGGAAGAUAAUGCGCCACGGAUCGAUACCAAGAGUUUGACAGCUGCUAGCAGCGGCAAUGCCAGUAGUUCAUCUUCGGUCAAGUCAUCCAAGGUUAAUGGCGACCCACGAACAGCAUCCACCGUAUCUGUUGUCCAGACUACACCUAAUCCGUCCGGACCUACCGUUCGGAUAUCAUACUUGACUGAGCAAACCUCUCAUCACCCGCCCGUCAGCGCUUUCUACGUCAGCUGUCCCGAGAAAGGAUUACAUGCCAAGGGUUUCGAUCAGAUCAGCGCGAAGUUCACCGGUACUACUAUCAAAGUGUCUCCAGGCGAGCAUAAUCUGGGCAUUUUCAUUACUCUCGAGCGGAGGGAUAAUGAGACAUAUCAGUUAAAGCAUCCAGCUGCACAUCUUGGGGGGAUUCUGCGAGGCUCUCUAAGCGUGAGUGUCGGUGACUACGCCUACGUGACCUGCCCUCAGACAAAAUUAAAAACGAUCCUUCAUUACAUCGAGGAUGGUUGGCUCGGCCGGGCGCAAAACAAGAUGGAAGGCGUCAUCUUCAGAUACGACCCGGAUAAAGACGACAAGAUACGCAUCAAGGAUGUACCUGACUCGGAUGUGGUUGCGAGGCUAGGUGGUGCAUGGAAAGAUAGAAUCGUCUUCACUCUCGGCCCCAAACCUGUGGACUCACAUCCGCCAGAGAAGCAAACAACUAUCAUUGAUCUUAACCCACUCACCGUGGCUCCCAAGGUUCUACCGCCGAAAGAGAAACAGGCCGAGAACGAGUCAUUGAUGCUAUGGGACGGCGUGACUCAGGCCAUAAUGGCAAAGCAAUUUUCAAAAGCUACUAACGUCAAGGUAGAACUCGAGGAAAAGCAGCGAGAGAAAGCUAGAGAACGUGAGCGUAAAAACGAAACCUGGAAACCGGUGUUCUUCGAUCAAGUUACAGACAAGCGGGGAACGCCUGACCUCACGGAGAAAGGUCGCCAAGUACUCGAGAGGGCACAGAAGGAAGACUGGAGUUUGGAAGGGAUCAUCUAGAGCGGGGAGCAUCCUUCGAGGUUAGAAACAUAGCGACCGAGCAGGACCAUCGAGGUUCUACAUUGCAUAAUAGUCCUUGGGUUACGAUACAGCAUCAUUGCUUUUUGGAUGGCUUCGCUUACAUAUAUACGCGCAUACAUUUACCAACCAUGGGGAUAAGGCAUAGCGGCUUUGGCCAAAGCCGCACGUGGAGUUCUGUGCAUUCGUUUAAUAUCUGGGUUUUUUUUUUCGGGUAGACACAGAUUCGAGUUUAAGCGGCGUUCAGGAGCAUGUAGAAGCUGAUAGAUAGGUCUUCUUCGGAAGUUUUUCUUUUCAUCAAGACUUUCUACCAUUUCGCUGAGGCAUACUCAGCACAAACCUUCGUUUUUUAUCAUACCGAUUUGAAGGAACCUUGAACAUAUGUUAACCUUUUAUCAGAGGUUUCUAUUAUCCUAUUUGAUUUCUCACUUCUACCUUGUUUCGAAAUUUACCAGUUGUCGCUUAUCUACUGUAACUUCGGAGGCCAAGUAAGAAGAAAUAUAUUGGAAGAUUUAAUACCUCGAGUUCGGAGUAGUACAAUCAUAAACAUGUACCUUAAUCAUACCUUAGGUACCUAAGUAUACA